UUUAUUAUAUACUAAUUUUGCUGAUACGAGUUUUGUUGAUUUUGUCUUUUCAUAUCGUAUUAUUGCUCACAAAUCUGAGGGACCUGGAAGAUCAUCUAGUGGUUAGAAGUUCUCAAGAACUAUUUUCCGAUCAUUUCUCACAGUCGGAAAAAGAGGAACCGUCCCAAAUUACUACAUCCAUAAAUUCAACAAGAAAAGCAUCAUUGAUAGAAGACUUUGGAAAAAAUACAGAUGAAAUGUUAAACGUUUCAAAAUUAUUAAUGGAUGCUAAGGAAAAAGAUGAAAAGGUAUUCUUAGAAAAAAUUUCUCAUGAUAUAAAAGAACAUUCUUUGAAAUUAUCAACUCUCUCUGAAAUUAUGCAAAAAAUGGUCGAUGAAAACAGAAAUAAUAAACAAAAAAUCUCUGAAUUUAUGGAAGGAAUAAACAAAUAUUUAGAAAAGACCGAACACGAAAUUUUGUUGACAUCACAAAACUUAAAAGAAAUAAUCAAGAUUCAGAAACACAUUUUGGAUGAAAUAAAAGAAACGAAACAGAAUGACUUUAAAAAGUUAGAAAAUUCAAUCUCUUCGUAUCAACAGGAAUAUGAAAAACAGCUGUCAACCAUAAAUGAACAGCAGAACCAAUUAUCUUGUUCGUUAAAAGAAAAUCUUAAUGUUUUUGCCAAAGAUUGGUCAUCGUGGAAAAAAAAUAUAGAAAAUACACUUAAAUUAACAAUAAAGGAGUCAAUGAAAAAACUUCAAGAAACAAUUAAAAAGGAAUGUAAAAAUAACGUUUAUGAAACGAAGAAUCAGAAUCCUUUACGGAACACAAAAACUAAAAAAUCGAAAAGAUUUUCGAAAAGAAUUCAAAAGAAAAAUAAGAAAAAAUCAACAGUUAAUUUAGAGCAAAACACUGUUUAUGGUAAAACUGGACAAUGUAAAACUGGAGAAACAAAAUCAAUUAUAAGAUGCAUAAAAAGAAAUGGAUUUCAAAAUUCACGAAACAUUGGAAGAUAUUGCCAACAGUCAAUAAUUUCAGAUUGCAAACGUUGUUCAAAAAAAUCAUCUUUUUUACAAACACCUAACUGUUUUAACUGUAGCUCCAAGAAGCUAUUCAAAAACAAUAUAACAGACGUGUCGGUUGAUCGUGUGACACAAAGAAACAAUUCUAGUAAAACAAGCACAUCAGCAGAAAGGAAUUUCCAACAAAAAAACAAUUUCGAAUCUUUGGAAAUAAGCAAUCCGAACAGUCCUGCUUUGCCAUUCUCUUCUCUUGUCAAACUAUUGAAGGUAACAUCUUCAAAAACAGAAUUAGGAAGAAACUGUUCUUACGUUAAGAAUAAUAUUUUACAUUAUUCAAAUGUAAGAAACCGAGAAAAUAUAUCCGAAGAAAUAUGGAUAUAAAUUGAAGUAAUUUAUCACAUGUUCUACUUUAUAUAUAUUUGAGCCUUUGUUAAUUUUCCAACUUAUUUUGUUUCAAAAUAUUAAAAUAAUUCACAAGACCGUUAAUAAAGAAUAUUUAAAUAUUUAUUGGAACUUUUUUGUUAGAAUUCACAAAUUAAACAAUGAAUAAAAAGUAAACUACAAUGACAAAUACAAAUGUGAUGAACUUUGGAAAUCUAAAAGAAUGUGAAUACAUAAUAUUGACUGGAACAAUGAUAUGGAAAAUGAACUACACUUUUAACAUGUACUGAUGUUUGAAGACAACUCAUCUGUAUGAAAAUACUGCAGACGAACUAGAUUCCCGAUUUAUGUAGCAAAAUUAUGAUGUCAAUAGUCCAAAUGUGGAUUUUUUUUAAAAUAUUGUUAUUUACAUAAUGUAAUUAUUUUCGAUUGCUGAAAGGGAGAACCACUCGGCAAACAAAAUUUUCCUAACAACUUUACAUUUUUUCCCCAGCAAUUUGGAUGGGAUGCAGUCGAAUCCCCAUAAUGCAUUUAUAUGUUAAAAUAUGUUUUUGUAACAUUUAAACAUUUCCAAUUACAACUCUUACAAACUUGUUCUUUCCAUUAUUACAUAUCAAUAACCAAAAAUUAACAUGGAUAUCGAACAGUGUUUUUUUUCUUUUCUUUUUUGUGUGACAAUAAAGUAUCACUAUUUAACCAU